AUGCGCUUUGAAUCCUUUGGAACAGUGGAUAGCCUUGAACCGAUAAACGAAACAAGCACAAUGGCAGAAAGCAACGCUUGGAAAGAGGGAUUAUCAAUGACAGCAGGCCUUGCAGCAAGGAACCAAAUUAAUCCCUCUGGUUUAUCGAAUUCGCAGCUCUCCCAGCAUACGCAGUCUUCAUCAAUACAAAAGCCAAACAACCUUCAGGUCAAUAUCAUCAUAAACAACCGCACAAACAGUAAUGGAGCUUGCUAUAACCCAAACAACCUUGGUGUAGACGCAGAUAACAACAUUGCGGUGUCACAAUCAUCCAACCGACUUUCUUCUCCUUUCGAUCUGAGUUUCGAUGAUCCACUGGGGGGGUUUCCCAACAAGACAUCUCAUGACUUGCAGAAUCAGCAAAGUGAUCAGGUUCCAUCACAGCCACAGCAUGUCUCGUCCCUGUCAAAUAUGCUCACAUCUUGGCAAGCGGCGGACCAGUACCCUUCAUUCGGUGGUGGUAGCGACUCUAGUACAUUGCUUACAAUGGGAAAUAACAAAGAAUCAACCAGCAACACGAGUCAGGGAAGAGCAAACAAGAUCAUUUCAAACCGAUUCUUGCUGGGUUGCAAAGUUCAACCUUUCACACGGAAUGAUGAUGAAAUCGAGGAUGAUGAUCUGUUCAAGGUAUUUGAUGAUGAUCUCGGAUCCCAUACAACUAAAAAGCUACAAAUGCCAAAAACACAACCCAUCAGAGAGAGAGUAUUAGUGCCCGACUACCCAGCGGUAUCCAGUGUUUCUGACAUUCACCAACAAGCCGGAGCUCUACAACGGCAAAACGAAACGAUUCAAAACAUCAUGAUCUCAAACAUGGAACAGGGUGGGAGUGAUCCAUCGGUUCGUGAUUUUGCAACAUUGCGACAACAAGAACACCAAGAGGAAGCCCGAAUGCAAAAGCUUUGCCGGGUUGACAAGCCUUCCGACGAGUCAUCCCGGCUAGUGUCGCAAAACGAUGAAACUGAAGAUUCCUUUGAUACCCAGUUCUACGUUCCAUCCACAAUGAUGCCCCCCACGGUCCUCGCAUCAACGCUGCCUUCGUCUUUUAACAAAAGAAAGUCAGGGAACGAAAGCUCCGAGCGGAAGAGACCUAGAGUAUGCUCCAAUGGAGCCUCGCCUCAGCAGAAACUUGAAGAGCUCUUGCAGAAAGCAGGGAUCGUGGGGUUUCGACGAGUCAAGGCAGAUGAAGCAGAAUACGAGGUCGUCCCAUCUGCACUGCAACUAGCAUCUUUCGGUACCCGUGUCGUGAAGGCUGUUCACACAUCAGACGAGAAGGCAUUGUCUGAGUUGAUGAAGUGCGGCUUGAGCCCGAACCCGUGCAAUCAAUUCCGAGACUCAAUUUUGGACCUGGUCUGCAAACGAGGGAAUUUUGUCAUAUUUGAUUGCCUCAUACAGCAUGGAACUGAUUUGCAAACGAUGGAUGGAUUUGGCCGCACGCCCUUGCAUCACUGCUGCUGGGCGUCAUCGUUUUGUCGUCCAAUCGUGGAUGCAAUUUUGGAAAGGGACCCCAUGCAACUGAUGAUUGAAGAUAAGCGCGGACAGACACCACUAGAGUAUGUUCGUGCAGACUUGGCAAGCGAUUGGAUACACUAUUUGGAAUCCAGUCUUCACAAGUAUUGGGGUAACACAAUACCAACACUAUCGAGUCCAAAGGCGAAGAGGCCGUCUGGCACUUUACCGGAUCCUCCUAAUGCAAUGCCUGUGAAUCUAGCUGCGAUGGUUUCCUCCGGCAAGCUCCUUCCAGCGCAAGUGAUCCCUAUGAUUAAGUCUCGAAAAUUGAAGUCUCAUUGA